AUGCUCUCAAGGGCUGCUCGGAGACGUUGUGCGCAGCGUCUCUCUACAAGGGAGAAGCAUCAGCGAUGCACGUUCGCAUCUCAUGUCGCCCCGCCUUCCACGGUUGAAUACAAUGCCCUUCCCCAGCGCGACUGCAGCAGCAUAACGCCUUCCUAUGCCACUCUCAUGCACCGGCUGGUCAGGGCACGGAAAAUCCUGGGCGACAGACCACUCACGCUAUCGGAGAAGAUACUGUAUUCGCAUUUGCAUGAUGUGGAACGUAGUUUGGCAGGUGGGGGAAGAAUAAGGGGAGAAAAAUAUCUGUUGUUGAGCCCCGAGAGGGUCGCCAUGCAGGAUGCCAGUGCACAGAUGGCCCUCCUGCAGUUUAUGACCUGCGGUCUCCAGCGUUCCGCUGUCCCCGUCUCAGUCCACUGCGACCAUCUCAUCCAAGCGCGUGUGGGCGCAUCCUCCGACCUCGCAUCCGCAUUAGACCAAUCGAAAGAGGUAUUUGACUUCCUCGAAUCCGCGUCACGCAAGUACGGUUUCGAAUUCUGGAAACCUGGGUCGGGGAUCAUACACCAGGUCGUGCUGGAGAACUAUGCCGCCCCGGGGAUGCUUAUGCUUGGGACGGAUUCGCAUACGCCUAACGCUGGUGGGCUGGGGAUGUUAGCCAUUGGGGUUGGAGGAGCAGACGCGGUGGACGCUAUGACUGGCACGCCGUGGGAACUGAAAGCCCCACUUGUCGUGGGCGUGCACCUGAAAGGGAAGAUGUCGGGAUGGACAACACCAAAAGACCUGAUAUUGCACCUCGCAGGGAAGCUUACCGUACGCGGCGGCACGGGAAGGAUUCUGGAGUACUUUGGUCCUGGUGUGGCUACCCAGUCAUGCACGGGUCUCGCGACGAUCGCCAAUAUGGGUGCCGAGGUGGGUGCGACGACGAGCACGUUCCCCUAUACCUCUCAGAUGAGAGAGUACCUCAAGGCCACGGGGAGGGAAGAGGUGUCUAGGUUCGCGGACGCCGCUGCUCAACAUGGCCUGCUGCAUCCCGACAAGGAUGCCGAGUACGACGAGCUUAUCGAGAUAGACCUGAGCGAUCUCGAGCCACAUAUUAACGGCCCUUUCACACCGGAUCUUGCUACCCCGAUUUCUAAGUUCGGGGAGCUCGUGAAGGAAAAGGGCUGGAAAGACGAAGUGACCGCUGGUCUGAUCGGGAGCUGUACGAACAGUUCCUAUGAAGAUAUGACAAGAGUAGCGAGCAUUGCCCGCCAGGCUAAGGAAGCUGGUCUUAAGACGAAGAUCCCUUUCCUUGUUACUCCGGGAUCGGAGCAGAUUCGUGCUACGAUCGAGCGGGAUGGGGUAACGGAGAGUCUGGAAGACGUGGGUGCUCUGGUGCUGGCUAAUGCUUGUGGUCCCUGUAUUGGCCAGUGGAAACGUGAAGAGCACAAGGGGGAGGAGAAUGCUAUCCUCACCUCUUUUAACCGGAACUUCCGUGGCCGCAAUGACGCCAACCCCAAAACAAUGAACUUUCUCGCCUCGCCAGAAAUUGUCACAGCGAUGUCCUUCGCUGGCCAGCUGUCGUUCAAUCCUAUGACUGACACCCUGGUCGACGUCUCUGGCAAGCCAUUUAAGUUCUACCCCCCUGUGGGGGAGACACUGCCAGAAGUGGGAUUCGCCGUUGGCAACCAGGACUAUCGUCCGUCUUCUGCCCCUUCACCACAGCCAGACGCGGAGAUCUUGAUUUCACCCACUUCCACGCGGCUUGAGAAGUUAGAACCGUUCGCGUCACAUUUUGGACCGAGCAAUCCGAGAGGGGACGAACUCCCUACGAUGCAGGUACUUAUGAGGGUGCGGGGGAAGUGCACGACGGAUCACAUUUCUGCUGCUGGCCCGUGGUUGAAGUAUAAAGGUCACUUGACCAACAUCGCUGAGAAUACUCUUAUCACGGCGGUGAAUGACGAGGGCGGCGAGGUGAACGUUGCCAUUGACUACGAGCCGGGACAAGACCCAGUCCAGGAGACUAUCCCGCACGUUGGCCAGCGGCUCAAAGCUCGCAAUCAGCCAUGGGCGCUUGUCGUGGACGAUAACUAUGGGGAAGGCUCGGCGAGAGAGCAUGCUGCGCUUCAGCCGCGCUUUUAUGGGUGUGCAAUGAUCGUCGCGAGGUCUUUUGCGCGGAUUCAUGAAACUAACUUGAAGAAACAAGGCGUACUUCCCUUGUGGUUUGUGGACAAGGAUGACUAUUCCAAGAUAGGAGCCGGUGACCGCAUCAACACCAUCGGGCUCGAUAAAAUCAUCGCCUGUGAUCCUUCCGCACAGGUCACGUUAGAAGUGACAAAACGGGACUCUGGCGAGGUGCUUCAGAUCCCUACGAAGCACACGCUCUCGGAAGAUCAGAUCGCUUGGCUGAAAGCGGGGAGUGCAUUGAACUUCAUCCGCGAGCAGAAGAUGGGUAGAUCAUAGCCGACUGUAGGAUAAC